AUAUUAAAUAUUGUGAUGCAGCAUCUGUUAUAUUCGUUAUGUUCGUCUCUCACGAAUAUUUGUUGUGUUCGAUGACUUGUGUAAUAAGUUGACUCUUUGAGUCAGUGUCACUAGCCAAAACAAAAAGAUUCUGCAUAUUGAAUGUUGCGUACUCUUUCUCCCUACAUAUUUGUUAUUUAUGAAAUAAUAUAGAAUUGUACAUAUACAUGAAGUUUAUUAAAACUUUUUAUUAUUAAAAGCUCAGUAUAAUUAAAGGAUGGAUGAGCGUAAAGUAUAUAGUGAGGGUGAGGAAGGGGAAAUUAUAUCAGACUUUGAGGAGGAUUUUACAGAAGAAUUAUCUAACUAUCCUCACAUUUCACAAUUUAUACAUAAGUUGCAAGAUCAUAUUAAGAGACAACGAAAGAAAAUUAACAAACUAAGAAACAAACUUGUUGAGCAGAAACAUCAAAACGUGCUUCGUGAGAAAACAUAUAUAGAUUGUGGAACUCAGACAAAUCCUUUGGAUCUUGAUAAAUCUCUGUCGCAAGAUUGGGAUAUUAGUAAUAAUGAUAAAUCAUCUAGUAUAGUAGAUCAAGUAAAGCAAGUAGCAGAAUCAGCUUUAUUGCAAACUGGUUUUGUAUAUGAGGAAACAUCUGGGAUGUAUUAUGAUUAUAAUACCGGAUAUUAUUACGACACGAGACAAGGCCUGUACUAUGAUGGAAAUACUGGAACGUAUUACUACUAUGAUGAAGCUAGCAAGACGUAUCAAUUUCACAGUCAAGUCCAAGCUUGUACAAAUGAGGCUACCAAUAUACACCUUCCCGUCACGCAAAAGAAGGAGGAACAGAAUGCUGGGAAAGUAGACAAGGAUAACGUGAAAAAACGAAAAUACGAAGAAAAUUUGGAAGAACCCGAGGAUGGUGAAUGUUCAGAGAGUGACAAUGACGAUAUAUCUGAGGAAAUUACUCCUGACCUAUCUACUAGUAGCGAAAGUGAUCGUGAGGAGGAACAAGAUUUAGCGAAAAGUUAUCCGCCAUGUAUGAGGAUUAUCGUCAAGGAAACCAACUUGGCGAAAUUAAAAAUGGGUUGUCUCUUUCUUGUAACAUACACAGGAGGUUCGCUGGGUAGAGAGGGAGAUCACUCGGUGUUGAUACCGGAUGUCAAUAUCAGCAAGUAUCAUGCACGUUUCGUAUACGACGAAACCAAGAAACAGUAUCAAAUAAUAGAUUUUGGCUCAAGAAACGGUACAUUUUUAAAUGGCAAGAGACUGUCGGUAGCUAAGCAGGAGUCCGAGCCUUACGAAAUAACGCAUGGUUCGAUCAUAAAGAUUGGCGAGACAAAACUCCUGUGCCAUAUUCAUAAUGGAAACGAGACGUGCGGUCAUUGCGAACCAGGUCUCGUCCAACAGAACAUCAAUUCCAGUGAGAAUAAAACUUCAAAGAAGAAACUUCACAAGGAGGAGUUACGGCGUUUGAAGCACAAAUUCGGAGUUGAGAAAGAUAAUGUUAUAUCCAGUAGUCAAUUAGCUAGUGGUUAUCAGGAUAGGGCGGAAGCUAGGAGACAGCACGUGGGUUCCUCGAAUCAUCAUGCUAAAACGCAACAAAGUUCUCUCGACUGGUCGAUACCAAAGGAUAACAAAGGAUUCAAAAUACUUACAAAAAUGGGCUGGUCGGAAGGUCGUUCCUUGGGUAAAGACGGAGACGGAAUAACGGAACCCGUGCCUAUCAAGUGCAAUCACGCCGACAAGAGCGGACUCGGAUCGACGAGCGAGACGGACUUUUCCAACGUCGAUGUGGACGUUAACGUGGGGAAGAAGCAAGCGGUAUGGCGAAAAACGCAGAAACGUUACAAAGAAAUAGCGGAUUGAGAUUCGUGUGGACGAGAUAGAUCGCCCCCCCCCCCCUCCCCCGUCUUAUUGCCUCGAAUUAUUGCAUCGGAAAGUCUCAAGCAAGGCACAAGACGACGAAUCUUACGACUCUUGCAAUAAUUUGUAACGAUACGAUAUCUUGUGCGGAAUCGUCAUGUAUGUUGUACAGAUGAGUGAGUCAUAUUUUAAAGAUUUUGUUGACAAAAUUUUCAGAUACGAGCACAUCUACAAAUUUUGACGGUAUCUUGAAAAAUGAUGCCAACCUAAGAUAUUUUUUCAUUGUAUUUAUAUUUUUAAUUAAAUCAAUGUCUCUUUGUAACUCUUGUUAUUUAUAAAGAAAAGAAAUAAAGAAUA